AUGCACUGUGCUGACAGUCUUUGUUGCAGUUUCUUUGAUGGUACUGUGCUGACAGUCUUUGUUGCAGUUUCUUUGAUGGUGGAGCGCUCAAUUCACCGCGUAACCAACUGGUUAAAGACAAUUGAGAGAAAACCUUUGCUUAAAGCUUUGGAUAAGAUGAAGAAUUUAAUGCUGCUCGGAUUCAUGUCGCUCCUUCUAGUAGCAACAUCGAGGGUGAUAUCGAAUAUCUGCAUUCCAUCAAGGUUCUAUACCGGUGCCUUCACACCAUGCUCCAUGUCUGAGAUCGUUGAAGAAGAUGAAAAUGGUUCCUCUGAGGACCGUCACGUUUCGAUGGCUUCUGAUUUUCACUCUUUUCCUAGAAUUUUGAGAGACAGGAACACCAUUACCUGCAAAGAGGGUCAUGAGCCAUUUGUUUCUUAUGAAGGUCUUGAGCAGUUGCAUCGCUUCAUAUUUAUAAUGGCAAUCACACAUCUAGCUUACAGUUGCUUAACGAUGCUACUUACAAUUGUGAAGAUUCAUAGAUGGAGGGCAUGGGAGGAGGAAGCUCAUAUGGACCAACAUGGAUUUUUAACUGCACAAGCCAGAGAAGCGUUAAUGCGAAGAGAAGCUGCUUUCGUUGUACACCACAAAUCGAACCCCUUGGCGAAUAAUAGAGCUGUUAUCUGGGUGAUAUGUUACUUCCAGCAAUUCGGGUGGUCGGUUGUUCGUGCAGAUUAUCUGACUCUUCGCAAGGGGUUCAUCAUGAAUCACAACCUGUCGCCAAAGUACGAUUUUCACAACUAUAUGGUUCGUUCUAUGGAGGAAGAAUUUCAAAUGAUAGUUGGUAUUAGCGCUCCGCUUUGGGGAUUUGUUGUAGUCUUCAUGCUAUGUAAUGUGAAAGGUUCUAAUCUUUAUUUCUGGAUAGCUAUCAUUCCCAUUACUCUUGUUCUUCUUGUGGGAGCGAAGUUGCAGCAUGUCAUGGCAACGUUGACACUGGAGAGUGCCGGGAUAACUGGCUACUGUUCUGGAACCCUGAGGCCUCGUGACGAACUUUUCUGGUUUAAGAAGCCAGAAUGGUUGUUGUCGCUUAUCCAUUUCAUUCUAUUCCAGAACUCGUUCGAACUGGCUUCUUUUUUUUGGUAUUGGUGGCAGUUUGGCUAUAAUUCAUGCUUCCUCCAUAACCAUACGUUUGUUUACUUGCGUAUUAUUUUGGGGUUUGCCGGGCAGUUCAUGUGUAGCUACAUCACUCUGCCACUGUAUGCUCAGAUCACUCAGAUGGGAACAAACUUCAAGGCGGCUCUAAUUCCACAAGGGGUACGGGAGACUAUCCAUGGAUGGGGUAAGGAGGCAAGGAGAAGUAGGAGAAGAAGGAGAAGGCGUUUCGUCAAUGAUUCAGCCAUCCAAACAGACACAAGCAGAGUAUUAUCGGCCAACGACGGUUAUCACGGGUUGAUUGACAUUCAUGGAACCCGCGGUAGUACAUCCAAUGGGAUAGAGAUGCAAGCAGCAGGUAGGGCUACACCCAAACAGACCUUCAGCAGUUCGUUAAAAAAAACUGAGUUUCUUCGGGUUGAAGAAGAUGGAUUCAUAGGUUCACAGAUUCUAAAUCUGUUCCACACAAGAGAACUAAACAAUGAUGCAUACAUUGUCCAGUUGCCGGUUUGA